CUCUUUCUUUCUCUCCUCAUGAGUUUCCUGUGGUCUUUUGGUACAAAAAAGGAACCUACCAGUCCUGUUCCACCCGCACCUACUCAGUCUUCUUUCAAGACAAUGAGCCAUGCUUUUAAAAAGGGUGUUCAAUACAACAUGAAAAUCAUUUUACGUGGUGAUGUGAUGACUGGAAAAACUAGUUUAUUCCAUCGUUUACAAGGAAGUGAUUUUGAUGAUCAUUAUGCAGCUACACCUCAAAUACAAGUGGCCAAUAUACCAUGGCAUUAUAAAGACUCGAAUGACAUUGUCAAGAUUGAAGUAUGGGAUGUGGUUGAUAAAGCACAUAACAAGACAAAAUCAACAGAAAAUUCAGCUAUCAAACUCGAACACACAGAACAAAAGGCUCCAACAAACGAAGAAAGUAUGGAAUUAGAUGCAGUCACGGUGAAUGUCUAUCGAAAUUCGCAUGGUGUUAUUUUCUUGUUUGAUAUGACUAAGCCAUGGACAUUUGACUAUGUCAAUAAGGAAUUGGCUCAUGUACCUGAAACUAUGAGUGUUCUUGUGCUUGGAAACUUUGGUGAUAAAGUGGACUUAUCCAUGUCUAGUCAAGAACGUAAAGUAGAGAUAGAUACCAUUCACGCUACUCUGUAUGAGCAUAAUCAAGAUAGAAUCAAAAAAGGUGCUAUCAAACCCAAUUUGAUUCGAUAUGCAGAAGCAAGCAUGAAGACUGGACUUGGAUUGAAAUACAUUUAUGAUUAUUUAGGUGUCCCAUUCUUACAAUUGAUGAUGGAGUCUUUAAAUAAGCAAUUGGAAUUAAAAGCAGUUGAAAUUGUGGAUUUAUUGCAAACAUUAGAUACAGAAGACGAUGUACCUGAAUCCAUGCAAAGAAGAAGAGGACAAGAUAAUUUUGAUCAGCCAUCAGAGCCUCGUCUGUUAAGACAACAAGAAGAAAUGAAGUCAGCUUGGGAUCAGGAAUUAGAAGCUAUUGCUUCUGACCAUCCUUCCUUUGUACGACCAGAAACACCUCCUCCGCCUGUGGCACCUGUACAAUCAAAAAAGAAGAAAGACAUUCAGCUUGUGUCUGAGCAAGUCAGUGUAGAUCCAUUUGAUCAUGACGAACAAUUGGCAGAUGAUUGGUUUGGGGAAGAGACACCUGCAUUGACUCUCCAAGCCCAACAAGAAGCGUAUGAUUCAGAUGAUCAGGGACCUAUGAACCCAAUGGUAUUAGGUGAUGAAGAUGUAGAGCCUAGUCUUGAACAAGAAUAUCACGCACCUGUAUUCAAGAGUGAAUUAGAAGAAGAAGCUUGGCAUUCAAACAGAAGGUCGAUAUCAGACAGUGAAGAAGAAGAAGAGGAAGCUUAUGCUGAAUAUGAAGAAAUUAGUGAAUCCAACGAGAAUCCUUGGUCUGAUUGGCAGGAAAAGAAAUAAAGAAUUAUCAGUUGAUAGAAACCUUAAUUUCUGAAACAUUUGAACAGAUCUGCCCUUUUUU